AUGACGUAAUAGGGCUGCGAUAUAUCGCGCAUGCGCAAUGGUCUCACGAUCACGAAUUGACCUAGCAACAACAACACAGGAAGAAGAAAUAUGGCUGAAGUUGAAGAUAUAGUCAAGAGGUUAAUGCAGCACCCUGGCGUGACUGGAGUUGUAAUUGCCAGUUGUGAGGGAAUUCCCAUCAGAACGACAUUUAACAAUGAAAAGGCGACACACUAUGCAGCCCGAUAUGUGGAUUUAAUCAACAAGGCCAGGAGAUGUGUCCAAGAUACUGACCCUACAAAUGAUUUGUCAUUCGUCAGAGUCCGUACCAAAGCUCACGAGAUAAUGGUCGCACCAGAUAAAGACUUCAUAUUGAUUGUGACUCAAAAGCCAUCGGAGGCAUGCUGAUUAUACUUCAAAGAAUGAGACGCAAUAUUGCCCAGGUGGGAAUGGUCGUUCUUUUUCAUCCAAAUCUCACUUAAUACUUACCAUUGAGAUUCAUGCAACAGAUAUGAAUAUCUUCGGCAAGGGACAGUCUGUUAAUCGGUCAAAUCUCAAAAGUACCCCAUUCCAUGGUCUGCAACAUUCGUUCGGAGACUAGUUGAGAGAAAGAUAGUUCAAAGUAGAUAUUGAACUGUGAAUGAUUGUCACUUUUCUUGUUAUGUACAGAUGUAAUGUAUUCUCAUUGAAAAUGCUUCAUAUAUCAUUGUUUUAAUGUCAAUCUUGAAAAUUCCAAUAGGAACUCUUUUUUGGUUUUUACCCAUUUUUUAUUAUGCUGAAGCUCUGAUGCAUUCACAUUUGCCCCGUCUAUUGUUUAAGGCUUAAUACAUCCAUGUAAUAAUGAUCGCAAGGUUGUGAGUUCGAAUCCCCGUUCUGCCAUAGUCUCCACUUAGAUAAAAAGACCCGAGAGUAAUAUCUGUCAUCUAUAAGGUCAGCCAAUAUGCUUGAGUAACUUAGAUGGAAAAUAUUUCCUAUGUAAUUGGUUAUAUACCAGCUUGGCUUUUACCAGCAAAAAGCUGUCCUGCCAGGUUCCUAUGGGAAUAACCAUAAAGAAAAAUUUGAGAUCGAUUUACAAUUUCUUUUUUUCCUCAACACCAGGCAUUUCAAGAGGCAUUAUUUCAAGACUACCCCCUCCCCAUUCUUUGUGCUUUUGUUGACGUAUGCCACUGAAUAGUAUCCCAUUGUUGGUACCUUAAAUUCAGGUUAUAAGAAUCGUAAGUCUAGGAAA